ACCCCAUUCCUAUAUAUCCCCCGCAUUCGUGUCUAUCUCGCUUACACCUUCCUUUACGCAGUCAAAAAACCCUUCUUCUCUUUGGCGUCUCCGAGCUCUCAAUCUCUCUCAGAUCAUCAAUGGCCGGCAAGACCGACUUCGAUUCUUCUCUCCCUAACUCUCAGAUCUCCAGAGAUGUCCAAGGGUCUGACAGUUCUAUUCCACUUUCACCACAGUGGCUCCUGUCCAAACCUGGGGAGAACAAGAUGGGAACUCCAACCUCGGAGGUCCCCACCAGUCCUUUUCCACCAUUUGCCAACCGUUUGGAUUUCAUGAAAUCACCUGGAACCGAUGAUUCCCAGAAGAAAAAAGAUGUGUUUAGGCCUUCUGUUCUUGAAAGCCGUGAACGUUGGCGUGAUGAGGAAAGAGACACAAAUUCUUUUGUCCGCAAGGAUAACAGGUGGCGGGAGGGGGAAAAAGAGCUUGGGGACACCCGCAAGGUGGCAGACAGGUGGACAACAGAUAACAACAUAACACCAGGAAAACAACACUAUGGCGAAUCCAGACGUGCACCUUCUGAGAAAUGGGGUGAUACUGGAAACAAAGAUGCACGUGAGAGCAAAUGGAACACCCGAUGGGGCCCUGAUGACAAGGAUGCUGAUGUCACACGUGACAAGUGGACAGAAUCUGGAAAAGAUCAUGAUGUCCAGGUGUCCCAUGAGGGUGGUGACCACCCUCGACCAUGGAGGCCUAGAGGAAGAGCAGAGCCGCCACAUCAGCAAACUCCAGGGGUAAACAAGCAGACUUCUAUGUUUGUUCAUGGUCGGGGUCGUGGGGAGAAUCCUAAUUCCACAUUUUCUAUUGGCCGAGGAAGGGGUGGGACCCACCCUAUGAAUAAUAGUUCCAGUUCCACUCAUUUGCAGCCUUUAGGAUCUUUUCCUGACAUGGGUGGUGAUAAUACAUCUCCUAUGAGGUAUAGCAGGUCAAAGCUGCUUGAUGUGUACAAGAUAACUAAUAUGAAAGGUGGUGAAAGGAUGUUGGAUGUGCCUUCACUUACACAGGAGGAACCUUUGGAGCCUCUUGCACUUGUUUCACCUACCCCUGAAGAAUUGUUUAUAAUGAAGGGGAUUGACAAAGGGGACAUUUUAAGUAGUGGUGCUCCUCAAAUUACUAAAGAUGGAUCAUCUGGGGUUAACAUGGUUGAUACACAGUCAAGAAGAACCAAACUUGGGAGUAGAGAAGAUCUACCACUUGCUUCUGACAAUUAUUCGGAUUAUGUGGAGGGCUUAUCUCAUGAGAAACAAGGGCACUCAUAUGAGACCAAUUUCAAACCUAAUCUCAUGGAAGAUCGCCAGUCUUUUAUAGAUUACAAAUCCAAAAAUGAAGCAAUAGGAACCUCAGCUAACUCUGGGGCAAACUGGAGAUCUUUAUCCAUGGGGCAACGUGCACAACCGAAUACUUCCAAUGAAUGGAGUAGCAGUUUAACAAAUGUCACAAAUGUUUCAAAUGUUUCAAAUGUUACAAAUCCAGGUAUCAAAAGGCAACAAUCUGGAAACACUAUGGAUAGGGAGCAUGAAGCAAGGAUACUUUCACAAUCACAGCCAUCACCUGAAGAUUUGGUUCUUUUUUAUAAAGAUCCACAAGGUUCAAUUCAAGGUCCUUUUACGGGAAUUGAUAUUAUUGGAUGGUUUGAGGCUGGAUAUUUUGGGAUUGAUUUGCAAGUACGUCUUGCAAAUGCACCAAAUGACUCACCUUUUGCUUUACUUGGUGAUGUCAUGCCUCACCUUCGUGCAAAAGCCAGACCUCCACCUGGAUUUACUGCUGCUAAAAGUGAAAUCAAUGAUGAAUCCAGUAUUCCAAAUCCUAAUGCUAUGAUGAAAAAUGAUCCAAGGUUUCAACAUGGGUCAACCACAGAAGCUGAGAAUAGAUUCAUUGAGUCUCUCAUGUCUGGUAGUGGUGGCUCAUUGGAGAAAUUUGGGCUUUCUGAAGGUAUGCAGGGGUAUUUUGGGAACCCUGGUUCGAUUCCAGCUAUGGAAAUUGCAAAAUUGAUGCAACUUGAAAGGCAAAAAUCUAUGUCUAGUCCUUACUCUCUUUGGUCUGGGCCCCCUAAAUCUGACAUUCUUCAAGAUCCUUCAGUUUUACCUCAAAAUCCUCCAAAUCCAGAGUUCAUGUCUAUUCUUCAAGGCUUAUCUGAAAGGUCAAACUCUGCUGCAAACAGUGGGGUGAGUAACUGGUCAAACUUCCCUGUUCAAACCGGGUUGGACCCACUUCAGGGUAAACAUUUCCCUCUUCAGACACCAUUCGGGGCCCACCAGAGGCUGCAAGGACAGAAUCUACCCUCACUGGGUCCACUAACACCUGAAAAGCUUCUAGCUUCUGGCCUUCCUCAUGAUCAAAUCUUAAGCUUAUUACAACAACAACACAUGUCACAGAUAAAACCUCAAAUCCCUACACCACAGUUGUCUGUAUUGGAUGAGUACCUGUUACUUAAACAACAACAACAGAAACAGGAACAGCUUCAGCAACAACAACAGCAGAUUAUGAGACAACAACUGCUGUCCCAAGUCCUCAUAGAGCAACAAUCUCUGCAACGUUUUGGUGAGCAACAACAGCAGUCUGUUGGAUUUGCUCCUCCACAUGAGGUGUUACAGAUGGGAUCACAGCAUCAAGGGCUUAAUACUAACACUCCUCAUAUGGCUCAAUUUGUUCCCACCCCAGGUCUUGAAGAUUCUAUUCAUUUGCCACAUCAGUUUAUUGACAACAGAGUGGAACAAAAGGUUGUUGGAGAUGAGAUUGUUCACCAGAAGGAACCUGAUGUACAGGAACAGGAUCAGCCAUUGAUGAUUGAUUCAAGAACAGAUGAAAAUGUUGCUUUGAUUUCUGACCCUCUGGUUGCUGUGAAAAAUGAAGUUUUAGAGACUGAAUUUGUUGAUAAUGUGGAGGUGAUGCCAGCUGUCACGGAGGCACCAAAGGUCCAGAAACCAUCUACUAAUGAGUCCAGUGUUGUGAAAGAAGUAAAGCCUGUUGAAACUGUGAAAAAAGCCACUGAAAAGAAGUCAAAGAAACAGAAGUCUUCAAAGUCACAAUCGUCUGACAUGGCUAAAACAGUAUCUAAACCCCAACAGCAGCAGCCAAAGGAACCUGAAACUGAUUUGACCAAAGUCAACGAGGUCGAAAUGGAAACAUCUCAAGUAGAAGAGACCAAAUCUAGAGUAGCCAUGGAAGAGCCUGUAUCUAUGUCUAGUAAUGUUAACCAAAUCCCUCAAGAUAACAACACACAACAAGUUCAUAUUCAACGUGCAUGGAAGCCUGCUCCUGGUUUUAAACCAAAGUCACUGUUAGAAAUUCAACAAGAAGAGCAACGCCGGGCCCAGGCCCAGGCCCAAGCUCAGGCCCAAGCCCAAGCAGAGAUGGCUGUUUCUGAUAUGUCAACAUCUUUAGGGUCAAUGAACAUAUCCAGCCCUUGGUCUGGUUUUGUUGCCAAUUCAGACCACAAACUUACAGAAAACAAGAAAGAUUGGGCCACUUCUGAGGCUUCCCAAAAUCAAAACAACAAGAGCCAGUUGCAUGAACUUUUAACUGAAGUAAAAACUAGUGAAAAGAACUCUGCAUCAGUUACAACUACUGUACAAUCUGAUUCGAUUGAAGAAGGUAACUUCAUUGAGGCUAAAGAAUCAAAAAAGAGUCGAAAAAAGUCUGCAAAAGCCAAAGCAGCUGCAGUAUCCAAAGUGUCUGUGUCUCCUGUCGCUGACAUCAGCACCAUUUCAAGCCCAAAUGAGAAAGUGAAAAGUUCACGUCAAGAGAAGGAGGUGUUGCCAGCUGUCCCUUCAGGUCCUUCAUUUGGAGAUUUUGUUGUCUGGAAAGGGGAGACUGCAACUCCUACACCUGCUCCAGCUUGGUCUACUGAUUCAGGAAAGAUUGCAAGGCAUACUUCAUUAAGAGACAUUCUUAAAGAGCAAGAGAAAAAAGGUGGUGGUUCUUCUGUUCAACAACAACAACAUCAAGUACAUGUGGCAACGCAAAAACCUGUGUCAUCAUCUGCUCAAACUAAAAAUGGUCCUUCAUGGUCAUCAUCUGCUUCAUCUCCUGUCCAGAUUAUGUCUUCACAUGGUGGGACUCAAUCAAAGAACAAAGUUGAUGAUGAUCUGUUUUGGGGUCCUUUGGAUCACCCGAAGCAAGAAGCUAAAAAGGCUGAUUUUCCUCAACUUGCAAAUCAAGGGAGUUGGGCUAAGAACACUCCUGGAAAAGGAACUUCUGGUGGGGCUAUGAGUCGACAGAAGUCUGGAAGUGGAAGACCUGUUGAAGCUUCUCUUUCUUCAUCUCCUUCAUUGAAGGGGAAAAGAGAUGUGAUGGCUAAACAUUCAGAGGCAAUGGACUUCAGAGAUUGGUGCAAAAAUGAAUGUGUCAGGCUUCUUGGAUCCAAAGAUACAAGUUUUCUGGAGUUUUGUCUGAAGCAAUCGAGAUCAGAAGCAGAGAUACUUCUGAAAGAGAAUCUUGGGUCAUAUGAUCCAGACCAUGCAUUCAUCGAAAAGUUCCUCAACUACAAAGACCUCCUCCCUUCAGACGUUCUCGAAAUCGCCUUCCAAAAAACCACCGGAGAUGUCAAUUCCGGGAGCGAUGGAUUCUGGGAUUCCGAGGUCGGCGGUGGUAAGGCGGCAGCAGUAGCAGCGGCAGAUGGCGGCAGCAAGGCGGGAGGAGGAGGAGGAGGGGGGAAGAAGAAGGGGAAGAAAGGGAAGAAGGUUAGCCCAGCGGUUUUAGGUUUUAACGUGGUGAGUAACAGGAUUAUGAUGGGGGAGAUUGAGACAGUGGAAGACUAGAUGAGAUGGAGAUUGAAAGAGCAGUUUAAGGUUUGUUUACUUUUAUUAUGGUAAUGUAGUUUGUAAAUACUUUUGUCUGUGUCUGGAAGGAAAAACAGAGAGAGAGAACUGUCUGUCUGGCUGUGUACAUGAUAAUUUUGAAGAUUAGGGUUUUUUAUUUCUUUAAAUGUUGUUGGGUUAUUAUAGAGCUGACAGCAGCUUCUAACUGCUCCACCAAUUUUGUGAUAUGUGACUUUACUUGUUUUGACUUUACAAGAAAUAUUAUCCUCCGUUGCUUUUUGCUUA